AUGCAAUUCCAACGCAGACGAAAGUUAUUACUUGCAGUUUCAAAACCAAUAGAAAGUAUAUCUUUCAUUGCGGUAGUGAAACGUUUCAAUACCUUAGCAACUGAAUAUGUGAUAGAGGCCUAUUUUUCAGAAUUACCCGAAAAUCAACCUUCUGGGUUUAUUCAUCGAUUAAAUGGAAGUGAAAUUACAUUCCACAUAAAUCUCUCUAAAGAUAUACAUCUAUAUUCAUACAAAGUGUCCAUUUUGGAUAAUUUAGGAAUAUGGCAGGACUGCGGUCAAGGUGGCGAACAGCAAGGAUAUGGUAUGCGAUUUGAAUUUCCAUUAACAAAGAAUUUUACAACACUCAUGGAAAAUAAGCAACUUUUUCUUCGAAAUGACAUGAUCGAUCUUAGAUUUGAAAUGAAUUGUUUUACUCGAUUAAAUACGAUGGCACAGAAAAUUCCUUCUUCUGAAAAAGAGAAAACAUCUGAUUAUGUUGCGAAUCUACGUGUUCCUGUAAAUGAAAAGAAACGGAAAAAUCCACCAUCAACUUUAGCGGAUGAUCUUACCUCUUUGUACAAGGAAGGGACUUUGUGCGACACAAAAUUACGUACAGAUUCAGAAACAUUUCCAGUUCACAAGAAUGUUUUGAGUGCUAGAUCGCCCGUUUUCAAAAAUAUGUUCACGAGUGGUAUGAUUGAAACGACAGGGGACUGCGUUGAUAUUCCUGAUAUAAGCGCGGAUACCGUACGUCGGUUGUUGAUGUUCAUAUAUACUGAUACAGUAAAGGAUAUGACAUGGCAGAAUGCAAUGGAAUUAUAUGCUGCUGCAGAUAAAUAUCAAAUAGAUUCUCUUAAAUUGAAGUGUUCGACCUUCUUUAGAUUAAAUGUUCAACCAACCAACUGCUGUGAUCUUCUAUGGCUGUCUGAUUUGCACCAGGAUGCUGAUCUGAAGCAAUUUGUGCAACGAUAUAUCGUCACACGGGACAAAGACGUUUUUGGCUCUGAAGAAUGGCGUGCUUUCAUGAGUAAUAAUGUUCAGCUAGCAGCUGAUACAAUGUACUUAAAAUAUGCAAGCAAAUAG